UGGGAAAUGUAGUCCGUGGUGCGGGCCAGGGCCGCGGUGUCCCGCGAGCUGGCGCUGACAGCUCAGGAGUGUGUCUGCUCAGCAGGGGCCAGCAUGGACCAGUCUGUGGCGAUCCAGGAAACCCUGGCUGCUGGGGAAUAUUGCAUCAUCGUGGUGCAAGGUGUGCUGUGUGAGGGAGACAGCCGGCAGAGCCGCCUGCUGGGACUGGUGCGCCACCGCCUGGAAGGUGGGGGGCAGGAAUAUGGCCUCUUCCUGUACACACAUCGGAGGAUGGCCAUUACCGGGGAUGACGUCUCUUUGGACCAGAUAGUGCCAGUCACUCGGGAUUUUUCGCUGGAAGAAGUGUCCUCAGAUGGUGAAGUCUACAUUCUGGGCUCAGAUGUGACUGUCCAGCUGGACACAGCGGAGCUCAGCCUCGUAUUCCAGCUCCCCUUUGGUUCACACACGAGGACGUUCCUCCAGGAAGUGGCCAGAGCCUGUCCAGGUUUCGACCCGAAGACCCCUGAUCCGGAAUUCCUGUGGCUGUCUCCAUACAGGUGUAUCAAGCCGCGCGGUUGGAACUCGGCCCCAGGUGCCUCUCACUUGGAUGACUCAAGGCCUAAUGGGAAAGGUCUGCCCAUGGACCAGAGCUCCUGGAGUCAGGAUAAAUCAGAACACUUGCCCCCAAGACAGAAUAAAUCCAAGUCUGAAAUUACGGACAUGGUUCGCUCCUCCACCUUCAUGGUGUCAGACAAGGCUCAUAUUUUAUCAAUGCAGAAGUUUGGACUACGAGAGACGAUUGUGAAAUCACACCUAGUACAGAAAGAAGAGGAUUAUACCUACAUCCAGAACUUCAGGUUUUUUGUGGGAACGUACAAUGUGAACGGCCAGUCCCCCAAAGAAUGCCUCCGGCCCUGGCUCAGCCAGGGUAUCCAGGCCCCGGAUGUAUACUGCAUAGGUUUCCAGGAACUUGAUCUCAGUAAGGAGGCCUUUUUCUUCCAUGAUACCCCAAAGGAGGAAGAGUGGUUUAAAGCUGUAUCAGAGGGGCUUCAUCCAGAUGCAAAAUACGCAAAGGUGAAGCUCGUCCGGCUCGUCGGGAUUAUGCUGCUUUUAUACGUCAGGCACGAACACGCAGCGCACAUCUCAGAAGUAGAAGCUGAGACUGUGGGGACUGGAAUCAUGGGGAGAAUGGGUAACAAGGGAGGAGUGGCCAUCAGGUUCCAGUUCCACAACACCAGCAUCUGCGUGGUGAACUCCCACUUGGCAGCCCACACAGAAGAGUAUGAGCGGAGGAACCAGGACUAUAAGGACAUUUGCUCGCGAAUGCAGUUUUGUCAGACUGACGCAGGCCUCCCCCCGCUCACCAUCAGCAAGCAUGAUGUGAUCUUGUGGCUGGGGGACCUGAACUACAGGAUAGAAGAGCUGGAUGUGGAAAAAGUGAAAAAGCUCAUCGAAGAGAAGGCCUUUCAAACCCUGUAUGCAUAUGAUCAGCUGAAAACUCAGGUGGCGGCAAAGGCUGUCUUUGAAGGCUUCACAGAGGGCGAGAUCACAUUCCAGCCUACCUAUAAGUAUGAUACUGGCUCCGAUGAUUGGGAUACCAGUGAGAAGUGCCGAGCUCCCGCCUGGUGUGACCGGAUCCUCUGGAAAGGGAAGAACAUCUCUCAGCUGAGCUACAGGAGCCACAUGGCCCUGAAGACCAGUGACCACAAGCCCGUCAGCUCCGUGUUUGACAUUGGGGUGAGAGUCAUAAAUGAAGAACUUUAUCGGAAAACUCUGGAGGAGAUUGUUCGCUCCCUGGACAAGAUGGAAAAUGCCAACAUUCCUUCUGUGUCUCUUUCAAAGCGAGAGUUCUUUUUUCAGGAUGUGAGGUACAUGCAGCUGCAAGUACAAUCCUUUACAAUUCAUAAUGGACAAGUUCCCUGUCAGUUUGAAUUCAUCAACAAGCCCGAUGAAAAGUCAUAUUGUAAGCAGUGGCUGAAUGCCAACCCCAGCAGAGGGUUCCUCCUGCCAGAUUCUCACAUUGAGAUCGAAUUGGAGCUAUUUGUCAAUAAGACCACCGCUACAAAACUCAACUCGGGAGAAGACAAAAUUGAGGACAUUCUGGUUUUGCACUUGAAUAGGGGAAAGGAUUACUUUUUGUCUGUGUCUGGGAGCUACCUGCCCAGUUGCUUCGGGUCGCCCCUCCAUACACUGUGCCACAUGAGGGAGCCAAUCUUGGACCUGCCCCUUGAAACUGUUAGAGAGCUGACUCUGAUGCCACUUCAGGCUGAAGGUGAUGGAGAUCCAUUGACAAACCCCUUGGAAAUUCCCAAAGAGCUCUGGAUGAUGGUUGACUACCUGUACCGCAAUGCCAUCCAGCAGGAAGAUCUGUUUCAGCAGCCAGGCCUGAGGUCGGAAUUUGAGCGUGUCAGGGACUGUUUGGAUAAAGGAAUGAUUGAUAACCUGUCCGCUAGCAAUCAUUCCGUAGCCGAAGCCUUGCUGCUUUUCCUAGAGAGUCUGCCAGAGCCCGUCAUCUGUUACAGUGCCUACCAUAACUGCUUGGAAUGUUCUGGCAACUUCACAGCAAGUAAACAGGUCAUUUCUACUCUGCCUGCAGUUCACAAAAAUGUCUUCAACUAUUUGAUGGCAUUUUUGCAAGAAUUGCUGAAAAAUUCAGCAAAAAAUCAUCUGGAUGAGAAUAUUCUAGCUAGCAUAUUUGGCAGCUUACUGCUUCGAAACCCAGCUGGUCACCAAAAGCUUGAAAUGGCAGAGAAGAAGAAGGCGCAAGAAUUUAUUCACCAGUACCUCUGCAACUCAGCCUGAGCCUCUUUAGCAUCUCGUCUACUUUGCCUGAGGUAGCCAAUUUCCAGCCCCACCUGUUUCAGCUCCGGAGCUGCCUUAAGAGGAUAUGGGCCUCUGGGGACAAGAGUGGCAGCUGCCUGUUUCUUGAGCCCACAACCUCUAUCACACUCAGAGCUACUGUGAGUUGUGAAGCCAUCAGGGGGAGACCCACCACUCUAAAACUGACAUUCAGUGUUCAACUUUAGUUAUUUAACACAGUUAGAGCCCUUUUUUAAUUUUAAGAAUGCUUAAAUAACUACUUGUGUGCCCUCAACCUGCCUCUAGGGCACAGCGAGUGCCUUCCCUGUUGCAGGGCUGAGUCCCCAGGGUCAGAUAUUUGAACAUACUUUGGAGUCUUGAAGGGAGAACAAGUUGGGCAGCAAGAAUGCAAGUGAAAGCUGCUGGAUAAACAAACCACAAUCACUCCAGAUGCUUCUAGUUCUCUGUCUGAGGACCUCUGUAUGCAGAUGCAAGCCCUAUCCCCCCCCCCCCCAGAUGUGGCUCAACAGCUCUGGGGCUAGCCACGCAGCCGCUGAGGGCAAUACAGUGGCUUGAAAAAUGAAAACUGAAGAAAUGGAUGUUCUGGUGAAACAAGUGGGAUUUUCUGGGCCAGCAAAUCCUUCAAACUGUAUAUGAUGCAUUCCCUCUCUUAUAAUUGUAAUAUAUUUUAAUGAUAAAUGUAUUUUUAACAGUG